AUUGGGAAGCUCAUAACCAACAUCAUGGAAUUUGUUAACUCAUUUUGCCAAUAUACGCAAAUGUUGUCUUAACAUUACCGUCUUCUCUUGAUACCUACGUUAUUUACACCAGUCCAUCCAAGGCUUGCGAAAUCUAUUUAGCUUGCGAAAAGGGGGUUUCUGUUACCUAGUAGCAGGACCAAUGAGGUGUACCUCCUGAGGCUGUCUCACACUCCAAACCUUGAUCCGCACUUGCUUUGGAAAAUGUCGGAAUUUGAGGAGUUUGAGAAACAACUAAGCGAAAACCGGCAAGAGAGAGAGAAGGAACAGCACAAGAGAAGGAGCCGUAGCAGUUCGCCCAGCCGUAGCGACAAACACCGCAAUUGGAGCAAAGACCGGGGCAGUCGGGAUAAACGCAGUCGCAGCAGGGACCGCAAGAGCGGCGACAGGAGGAGUAAUUCCAGAGAUCAUAAAAAGCACAGUUAUUCUCCACGGAGAACAAGGAAGAAAAAGGCAUACAAGUACUGGGACGUGCCUCCUUCUGGCUUCGAACACAUCACUCCCCUGCAGUACAAGGCCAUGCAAGCUGCUGGCCAGAUCCCCACAAUAGCACUGCUGGCGACUUCCAGCACAAGCGGAGUGGCUGUGACACCCACACAAGUGCCUCUUGUGGGAAGUCAGAUGACCAGACAGGCCCGACGCCUCUAUGUUGGCAAUAUUCCUUUUGGUGUGACUGAGGAGUCCAUGGCAGAGUUUUUCAAUGCCCAGAUGCGACUGGCUGGCCUCUCCCAAGCCCCCAGUAACCCUGUGCUGGCCGUACAGAUCAAUCAAGACAAGAAUUUUGCAUUUUUAGAAUUCCGGUCUGUAGACGAAACCACCCAGGCCAUGGCGUUUGAUGGAAUCCCCUUCCAGGGGCAGUGUCUAAAGAUCAGACGGCCGCACGAUUACCGCCCCCUUCCAGGGAUUGCGGAGCAGCCAGCUUUUCAUGUACCAGGUGUUGUAUCCACAGUGGUUUCAGACUCCCCACAUAAACUCUUUAUUGGAGGACUCCCCAAUUACCUCAAUGAUGACCAGGUACCUCUCUCCUGCUCUCUUGUGCAGGUUAAGGAGCUCUUGACAUCCUUCGGUCCUCUCAAAGCUUUCAACCUUGUCAAAGACAGUGCCACAUCACUGUCCAAAGGUUACGCUUUCUGUGAGUACGUGGACAUCAGCGCCACCGAUCAGGCGGUGGCUGGUCUGAACGGUAUGCAGCUGGGCGACAAAAAGCUCAUUGUCCAGAGGGCGAGCGUGGGGGCCAAGAACGCUAAUCCGACGGCUGUUAUUGAGAUGCCGGUGAUGCUGCAGGUGCCAGGAUUGCAGAAGCUGCAGAACUCGGGCCUGCCAACUGAGGUGCUGUGUCUGCUCAACAUGGUCAUGCCCGAGGAGCUGGUGGACGACGAGGACUACGAAGAGAUCCUGGAGGACAUCCGGGAGGAAUGCUGCAAGUACGGCUCUCUGCGCUCCAUUGAGAUUCCGCGACCCGUGGACGGAGUGGAGGUCCCGGGCUGUGGAAAGAUCUUUGUGGAAUAUGCGUCUGCAGCUGAAUGUCAAAAGGCUAUGCAAGCAUUAACUGGACGCAAGUUUGCUAACAGGAUGGUCGUCACCAAAUACUAUGACCCCGACAUGUAUCACAGACACGAGUUCUAAGGAGAGGAGGUGUGAGCCGAGUAGAAAGAGCCUCAUGUGCACAUCUGCCUUCACCUGUGUGGCAUAUAUGACAAACAGGAGAUUUUCAUUCAGCCCCUUGUACUCUAUCCGCAAGCUAUUUACAGCUGUCACUGAAGACUCAAGUUCAAAAGGAAUAGAUCUUCCAAAGAUUUUUAUAGAAAUUGUCAAACUUAUAAUACUCUGAGGAUCUAAUCAUUUCAUUUAGCUAUUGCUGUAGACAGGCAGUCAGUUAAUGCUUUAUAAUGUAAAGAAAACUGUUCUUUGUGAAGUUUACAAGACACGUUAUAUUUUUGGGAACGGAGUAGUAGAGAUGUUUGUAUUAAUGUAAAACUAAUCCCCUGGGUAUAACUCUCAUAUAUUUACCAGUUAAUGCUAUUUGCUUUUAGUAGCCUAUCAUUUAGACUAAACUUUCCUGAAAAUGUUAGUUUUUUGUGAGAUGAAUUCCCCUAAUAAUGCAGAAUUGUAUAUAGACUGCUGCACAUGGAAUAGCACACCCAUGACUAUGCUGUUCUGAAGCAAAAGUCAUGGUAUGAUGUACUUUUCCAGGUAAGAUAGAAAUGCAAAGACAAGGCACAUACAAAAUAGCACAAUGUGCUUAAAAUUCAAUUGAAAACAUGUAUCUUCAGAUGGUACUGAUGAACACAUGAACCGUAACUAUGUUUUGGAUUUUGUGUGUAUAUGUAUGUGUGGGGGGCGGAGGUGUUGCGUUGAAAUGGUAUGAUGGUCUAUACCUUCUUAAUUUUAUGAUUGGGUAUGACAUUUAUAUACUUUAGGUCAGUAAUGGUGUGUGUGGUCAGAACUGCUCUUGAGCUUCUAUGGAAGGAUUUAUUUAUUAAUCUUAGUAUUUAAGAUUUCAGACAUUUGCGAAAGGCAACAUCAUGGAAGUUUGCAUUACACUGGAAAUGAUGCUGCCAGAGUCUGCCUAUUCCAAUCACUUAUUGGAAGUAGCACUUAUACGAUGACUGAUAUUACCAGCAUAAAGAUAUCAAUGAAAUUAAAUUAGUAGAAAAUUGCCCACAAUGCUUUUUACAUCUGCUUUAUUCAUUAUACCUUAUGAAUCUGUGCAAAAUAAUGCUUUAGUAUUUUCUGAGUCAUCUCUCACUGCCUUGUCUCCAAUGAAAAUAAACAUUAACAAAA